AUGAAGGCGAAUGCACGAGGAGGGCAGGCGCUCCGUAGUGCCGCGCGGUCCAAGGCCGACAAGCCGCUCAGGCCCAAGUUCGAUGUGCUGACCUCCCACAAAUCCGUGUUUGAGUACACCCUCGGCUGCACCCUCGGUCUCGCGGGCGGCUACAUCAUCUGGGGCCAAGAGCUCAAGAAGAAGGCCGACGCCAUAAGGGAGCUCAAGGAGGCCCUGAAGCCCGAGAUCGUCGAAGUCGACCCGCUGCAGAGGCUCGACCAGUCCCACUCCGACAGCCAAGUGUACACGGUGGUGCUGACGGGCGGUCCCUGCGGCGGCAAGUCCACCGCGCUGGCCACGCUUACCAAGCACCUGCGCGCGCAGGGCUACGAGGUCUACUCCGUGCCCGAGAUUCCCACCCUCGUAUUCACCGCCGGUGUCCCCACCAUUUCGUCGAUGAACGAGGAGCAACUGCUGGCCUUCGAGAAGCAGAUCUUGACCACGCAGAUCCAGCUCGAAGAGUCCAUGAAGAAGAUUGCUUCGGCCAUGGACAAGCCCACCGUCAUUCUCCUCGACAGGGCCGCUUUGGACAUUUCGGCGUACCUGCCAUACAGCUUCUGGAAGAAGCUACUGCAGGACUUGGACAUCACCGAGAAGCAGCUCAGAGAGAGAUACACCGCCGUCGUGCACCUGGUGACGGCGGCCAACGGAGCGGAGUCGUACUACACCACGGCCAACAACGCCGCUCGAACUGAGGGAAUUGAGCAGGCCAGGGAACUGGACGAUAAGGUGAAGCACGCGUGGAUCGCGCACACGCGCACCUUCGUGGCGGACAAUACCACCGACUUCCCGGGCAAGAUGCAGAGGGUGUGCUCCUUCCUCGACGACGUUCUCACCAGCCAGCACAAGGCCGCCCCCACCAAGGAGACGCCUGAGGUAAAAUAA